AUGACUGAUUUUACCGCUGCUGGAGAUGGCAUUAGCGGUGGCUACCGGGGAAAGUCGUUGGGGAUGCAGAUCACGAUCGCGACCCUGGCUGGCAUCACUUGGUAUAACGCCUUCGAGCUGAUGAUUCUCCUUUUCGUCACGUUUUCAGACUAUCGGGGCCUGUACUUUUGGAGUCUACUGAUUUCCUCCUCCGCCGGUCUACUUCCCUAUUCACUGGGCUUUUUACUCAAAUUUUUCAACAUCACCGACAGUCAAGCAUGGCUCCCAGUCACCUUACUGACGGUUGGGUGGUGGUGCAUGGUCACCGGCCAAUCUGUUGUCCUCUAUUCGCGCCUACAUCUGGUGCUCUCGAAUCAACGUGUUUUACGGCGCGUGUUGAUAAUGAUAUUCGUGAACGCCAUCAUUCUUCAUAUACCCACAACCGUUCUUACAUACGGCACGAAUCUAACCCCAUUUGUCAGUUUGGGUCCUUACAAGACGGGAUAUAGUAUAAUGGAAAAGAUCCAAAUGACGGGAUUUUGCCUGCAAGAGUUCAUCAUCUCCGGGCUAUACAUUUGGGAGACUGUGCGCAUGAUACGUCUGGACCCAGACCAUGCCAAGCGCAAGAUUCAGUACCAACUCCUGGUCAUCAAUAUGAUCAUCAUCAUUCUAGACAUUGGACUACUCGUCGCCGAGUAUUUGAAUUUCUACAUCAUGGAAACCAUGCUCAAGGGCGCUGUGUACAGCAUCAAAUUGAAGCUCGAGUUUGCUGUCCUUGGCAAACUCAUCCACCUGGUCCAGAAUCACGUCUGGAAACCCGAAUCCUUCUCCGCACCAAACGACCUCCCCGAUUUCGUAGAUGCAACCCGCGUCACCUCCGAUAUGACUCACGCCGCUCCACCUCCAAGUCAACGUGGCCCGUCCUGGAUGGACCCGGACGAUAUAUCCAUUGCCAUGUUCGAACACCUACCACCCGAGCACAUGCGCACAAAUUCAGAUGCCUCAGAAUCAUGGAGCAAUGAAGGUCGCGCCUACCAUGUCGAUCAUCUCCCCAUCGACUUCACAAAUCCUUUUGCUGGAGCUCAACGGCAUACAAGUCGGUCCCACAAGACAGAGAAACCAGGAUGA